AGUAAUCAUGGCGUGAUCAAUUCAAAACGUAUAUAUAUAUACUACAUUUAACACAACAUCGAAGUAUUCUGUGAAGAAAAAUAGAUAUUUCAACACAUAUUUCUCACUUAAUUUCAAAGAGUAUGGAGGAAAUAAUAACGAAGAGACGUAACAAAUUAAAUUUAACUAACAUCGAAGGAUUUUGGUUAACCGGAAGAUAUCCUCUGAAACAUUUUCAUCAAGCCGUAUCUUUUCAACCGCGAAUGGGAGAUGUAUUCGUCGCUGGUUAUCCAAAAUCAGGAACCACGUGGACUCAAUACAUAGUAUGGGACAUCUUACACUACGGAGCACCUUUACCUUCAGUCAACGAAAUUUGGACCAAAGAAUUUACUCAUUUAGAAAUGAUAGGAACUGAUAAUUUAAUCGAUUUACCAUCCCCUCGAUUACUUAAAGUCAAUAUGCCUUUUCAUUAUACACCCUAUCAUCCGGAUGCAAAGUACAUUUACGUCUAUAGGAAUCCUUGGGAUAAUUGUGUAUCGGGUUUCAACCAUUACAGACAAGUAGAGAAGAAGAAUUACAGCGAUGCAACUUUUGAAGAAUUCUUUCAGAGUUUCAUGCAAGGUGAAGUAUCGCAAGGUGAUUACUUCGAUCACAUUCUUUCUUGGUACGAUCAAAAAGAUAAACCAAAUAUAUAUUUUCUGUCAUACGAGAGAAUGAAGAUGGAUCCCGGUAAAGCAAUAUUAAACAUUGCAAGGUUUCUUGGUGAAGAAUAUUACGAAAAUUUAAUUAACGAUAAUCAAUUAUUCGAGAACAUCUUCAGAAAUGUACAAUUCGAUCAAAUGAAGAAGAAUUGCCCAUUAUACUUUAUAACUUCUCUUAAUGAUGGAAUGAAGAAGAGUAAUGAAAAGCUUAAUUUCUUUAGUAAAGGUGUAGUGGGUCAAUGGAAAGAAUAUUUUACAGAAGAUCAAAAGAUAAAAAUGCAAUUAAAAUGUCAAAGAAAAUUUAGAGGAACCGAAUUAUUAUCAUCUUGGAACGGUUUCGAUAUCCCUUCUUUAGAAUCGAAUCUUUCUUCUAAUGUAAAAUUCUAAAUAAUUAACGUAAUAAAUGUCUUCUUAAUUCUGUUAAUAAUUAGAUUUAAUCUGAUGUAAAAAAUAAAAAAUAAAUCUAAAUUUCCGCUUUUAAAUAAUUUAAAUAUUACUGAAUAUUUCGAAACAAUUUGUUAUGAAGAUGAAAUGUCAAUAUUGCAAUAAUCAAAAGUAAAAAGCUUAUAUAUUGAUUUAAAUACGAGAUAUUAUCACAAUUUAUUUUUUAUUUUCAAAUUAAUUUCAACAUGCAAUUGACGAUCUGAUAGAUAAUAAAUACGCAUAUAUAUAUUAAGCAAUAUACAUAUCUUUUUUUUUUAUAAUAAACAAAUGAGUAAUCUCUAAAGUUUUGCGUAAAUUCCAUUUUAUAUUUUUGUUAUUAAUAUUUUAAAAUAAACUUAUCUCUAAUCUAUUCGUAAUUCAAAUAUAUAUUGACGUAAGUAUGAAAAUAUUAUACCAAGGCCUUUGCGAAGGUCAGAAAGAAAUUUGAGGAAUCAAGGGCCUCCUUGUUGUCAUUGGAAUUGAAAUAUGUAAGAGGCCCUUCAACUUCUUCACUUAACUAUGCGAGGUUCUGAGCUUUAACUUCUUUUAGUAGGGCCUCUUUUAGUAGUUACAUAAACAUUA